AUGUCUUGGGAUUCUUGGGAUGAGCAAAACACCUGUGGUUUGAAAGAAAAACACAAUUCAAAGAAAGAGGCAACUUCAGGAGCUCAUUUUUGUGAACAGCAUUCUAAAUCUUCGCAUUUUUUUUUCUCAUUAUUGUUAUUAUCAAUUCCUACACUUGCCUCAAAAAUUAUAUCUGAAAAAGGAACUGUAUCAAGAUGUUUGCCAAAUGUAUCGAUAGAUAAAGAGAUUUCUGCUAGUAUUUUGGACAAGGUUGCUAUAGAUCUUUUAACAGGAUUGAAUGCAGAUUGA